AUGGGCUGCACUUCUUUCUUCGUUAGUAUUGGUAGGUAUAUCUUCACCGAUUAUUGCUUCAUUGAGGAACUGCUUCAUUCCCUGAUCAUGGAUGACAUCAAACCUUCUGGAAUGCUCCAAUUUUUUCGCUGUAUUUUCUUUUGUCCAAUGCGAAGACCGGUCACAGAUCAAACUUUUAAAGAAAACUUUAUUUUUUCAAGGUCGACUGAGAAACUGCCUCGAAAUCGUCUGAUAAAUUGGUUGAUUCAGUUCUACAAUUUGCUCAUGGCUAAAUUCUCCCUAUACUUUACAAAUGUACUAGCAAAUUUUUGUAGCGUGGACGACCUCAAGAUAGUGAAGAAAGCCGAUGCUGUUUGCUUAGCGAUAAUUAUGGAUCGAGAGAACUGUACCGAAAAGUUCUAUGGCUCGUUCAGGACGGCUGCCUUCCCUUUUUAUAAAACUUUUUGCUAA